AUGUCCACUCCCGCGGUGGCGGUCCUGCCUCCCUGCCGCCUGGCCAGCGUCACGCCGAUCCCGGCGAGGCCCACUUGGCGAUCUGCCCCCGAUGGUCCCAUCCCACGCUGGAGACCGGUCGAUAAGAUUUGCCAGCGUCAGCCAUUUGUGGUGCCGCGGCGGAUGGCGACGGUGGCAGUGGCCGCGCCAGCGAGGCAGGUGGAGCAGCGGGAGGAGGAGGCGACAGGGGAUGAGAAAUUCGUGUGGGAGAAGCACUGGUACCCGAUUGUGCCGCUGAAGUGGCUGGAGGAGGCCCAGGGGGAGGGUUUCGAGUCCGGGCUGCCGCAGAUCCAGAGGCAGACGAUCCUGGGGAGGGACAUCGUGGUGUGGAAGGACGCGGAGGGGAAAUGGCGGGCGGUGGAGGAUCGGUGCUCGCACAGGCUCGCGGCCCUGUCGCUGGGGAGCGUGCAGAAGGACGGCACGCUGGCCUGUCGCUAUCAUGGCUGGUGCUUCAAUGGCCGCGGCGAGUGCACCCACAUCCCCCAGGCCACCGAUGGCACCUCUGAGGCCACCGCCUGCUCCAGCACCCGCUCCAAGAUCUUGGCCUUUCCCACGCUCCAGGCUGGUGGCCUCCUGUGGGUGUGGCCCGAUGACUCCCCCACUUCUUGGGUGGACGCUGCGGCAACGGAACCCAAGUUGGGCAAAGUCACCAGCCCAGAUGUCGACUGGAUGGUCACUGACAUCCCAACCAGCUACAUGAACUGGGUGGAAAACGCCUUUGACCCAACACACGCCGACCACGUCCACCAUGGACAGAAUGCCUUUGGAGUGGCGUUCAGGCGAGAGCAUGCCUUCCUAGUGAAGGAGUUCAGACAGACUCGGAAGACAACUGCCGAAGGGGGGUUUACAGUCAAUCACACUCCUGUGACAGCAGAUACACAGGGCCAAAACACAACCGUCGAUUUUCAGCCACCCACGCUGGCAGCCACAGAAGCCCUCAUAAAGGGAAUGGUAAACAUUAACCUCAGCGUACACCACGUUCCAAUGCACCCCGGCAGGACGCGGUUGCUGCUUGCCUCAAGCAUGGAAGCCAAAGAAGACAAAGGGAAGGCUGUGCUCAAGGCAGUGAUGGCCGUCCAGAAGCUGCAGACUUUCAUCAGGGAGCUGCCCCUGAUGCUGCUCCCUGGAUAUGUGAGGACAGGUCUACGACAUGCAUGUGGGGGUCAGGCAGGAGUGCCCAAUGGGCUGUUGGUCCAGGACAUUGCUGUGAUACAUUCCGAAUAUGUUCAGCUUGCCAGGUCAAAGGCUGACUGGAAAAGUCAGUACUACCUUCCUUCCCCAGGGGACAAUGGCGUGCUGAUCUUUCGAAAAUGGUUGCACACCCUUGCUGGUGGGGAGCCCAACUGGGUCAGGGGGGGGACAGAAGAGGAUUUUAAGGCAGACAACGAGGCAGAAGUGUACAACAAGUGGAAUCGCCACAGCAGACAGUGCCCACACUGCCGAAAGGCACUGAAGUUUUUGGGAGGGUUGAACAGCCUUUUGGGCAAGGCAACUGUGGGCCUGCUGGGCGUGGCAGUGGCUUUGGCUAUCUUCAGGACGGCGAAUCCACACAUGGCGGUGGUCGCCACGGUCGCAGCUGGGAUGGCGAUCGUGGUGCGCCUCGAGACACAGAGACUUUGCAACAAGUUUGUCACAGACCUCCCUUACUCUGGCAUGCCGGAGUUUCGCUUUGGAUGGGCUUCCUGA